GGCACUUGCGGGGACUCCGCAAGCACCAAUUGCACCUACUUCCAGAGCCCCAACUACCCGGACUAUUAUCCGGCCAAUGGUGGCGUGGUCACGCCCACCACUACGCCGGUGCCCGCCCUCUCGCCCACGCCGGAUCCCAGAUUGCACUGGUACCAUCGGCUGGUAGUGUCCAGAACGCUGGCAAAGGGCAGACAAAGCAGUUCGGACAGCAGCUCGUGCGGUUUCACGAUCAGCAAAGCCAACGCCAACGUGCAACAGUUGAGGAUUGACUUUGUCGAUUUGGAUUUGGCAGGGCCGACCAAUGGAACCUGCAUGGAUGAGCGGCUGGUGAUCAGCGGCCAAAACGCCAACGACCAAAUCCCGGUGAUUUGCGGCUACAACACGGGACAGCAUGUGUACGUUGACGUGUCCCAGUUAAGCGGGCCGGUUGCAAUCAUGGUGCUGUCGACUACCGGAGCGCAAAAGCGCUUCAAACUGAAAAUCUGUCAGUUCAGUGACACCUGUCAGACGUCGCAGGGCAACUGUUUGCAGUACUACACUGGAACCAGUGGGGUGAUCCAGAGCUUCAACUACGACAGAGCGGCGAUGUUCAGCCGCAGCACUCCUGGAUACUUUAACAAUCUGAACUAUGCGGUGUGCAUUCGGCGCGAAGCUGGCUACUGCUCCAUCACCUACUCCAGCCAGAACUACCCGUUCCAAUUGGUCAAUAGUCUACCCAAUGGACAGAUUACAGUGCCGGCGGGACAAGCGGGCGUGGAUGUUCUCAAUUGUCCGGACGAUUUCAUUAUCAUCGAUGGCACCCGCCUAUGUGGUGACAGAUUCAAUGACGGUUCCACCGUGAUGAACUUCAGCCGGAACGCCCCUGUAGUCGAUACGAGCUCUGGCCCCAUAGUGAUCAACGUGCGCUCUAAUAGCAACGUCACAGGGCUGGGCUUCAAGUUGAGGUUUACGCAAAAUCGAUGCCCCGCAAAUUGACCGAUUUUUUAUGUUUAUUUAUUUAGUUAUUUAUUUAUUUAUUUCGCCGCGGUAUAGGUCCUUAUCGAUCUGGGCUGUCAUCGGAGAUGUUUCGUGAAGAUUAAAAAUCGAUUAUAUCAAGGUCUCAGCGUG